AUGCGAACACUGCUAUUCGUGUGCCUAGCGGCAGUACUAUGCGGGGCCCUGGCCAAGUCUAAGAAGGACGAUAAUAAGGUGAAGAUCGCCGUGUACUACGAGUCCCUGUGUCCAGACAGCAGACGCUUCAUCAGCUCGCAGCUGGCGCCCGUUUGGCGCGACUUCCGCGGCGCCAUCAAGGUCAAGCUGGUGCCAUAUGGCAAGGCAACUCACGACAACAUCAACGGCAAAUGGCAGUUCACGUGCCAGCACGGUCCAGACGAAUGCUACGGCAAUAAGAUGCAAGCGUGCAUCUUGAAAGACCGCAGCCUCCACGACACCGAGAAGAUGGAGCUGGUCAUGUGCCUGAUGGCAAACGCCAGCCCCGACAAGGCGCUGGACACGUGCCUGGAGCAGGUCAAGAGGUCGAACAGCUCGGACAAGAUGAAGAACUGCGCCAGCGGGGCGGCGGGCGACCAGCUGCUCGCCUCGUACGGGGACAAGACCGACCUGGUGCAGAGGCCUCUGUCCUUCGUGCCGACCGUCAUCGUGAACGAGAAGUUCGACCAGGCGGUGCAGGACGAAGCGGUCAACGACCUCAAGGCGGUGGUGUGCCGCGUGGCGGUCAACAAGCCGGCCGCGUGC